AUGGAAUCUCAGGACGGCACCGACACCCGCCCUAUGAGGCUAAAGGUUCUUUAUACAUUCGACUAUGAAAACAAGACCAAUUGCCUCGCCCGGUGGCCCUAUGUGCUUGACAUCCAGACUGUCUCUCUGGAUGAGAAUACUGCGGUUGGAGUGAUCGAGCUGGAAACAUGUGUUCAAGCAAUUGUCUCUGCUAGCCCCGAGCUGGUGGCUCAGCCAGGAAAAGACUAUACCGUGUACGUCUACGACUACUCCGAAUAUGAAACCCCCCUCGUUGGACAAGGCAUGCUAUCAUGGGUAUUGGCAUCUUCAUCGCCGAUACCCGAGGCAUCCGCCCACCAGUCCAAGACAUUGGUUAUUGGUCGAGUUUGCAAAAACGCUCUUGGUCUCUUCUCAAAGGAGGCCCAGGAGACGCUGGAGGUCAAAUUGCGACUGGUUCCUAUUCCAACUGUCAUGCAUAGCGGAUGCCUUGACAACAUGCACAAUUAUCGGAGAUUGAGCAAUCCCAUCCCGGGCGACGUAGAUGCACAGUCGCGGACAAACUUUGUCCGUCAAAACUCCGUCUUGCUGGAAUUCCGAACUAGUUCUCUGGUGAACCAACCUAGGACUGAGAGAUCCCACCGACACUUGAGCGAAGACUUAACGCCACGGGAGUUCCCUAUCUUCCCGCCGAAUAAGUCGGUCCACUCAAUAUCACCUUCACAAUUAUAUGUUGCUCCUAGUAGAGUGUCAAAACCAGGUGGCUCUCGAAUGCCGGUCCAGCACCUACCCCAGUCGAAGCAACGCAUUCCGCACCGUGAUAUGAUUCGUCCAUCCGCGAGUGCUUCUAUGCCAGACUGCGCUCUCCAGACUCAAGUAUCAUACAACCCUCGAACAGGGUCGAUUCAUUCUGGGUAUGACAGUGAUGGAGAGAAAUCGGUCGAGCACCAGCCAUGGAAGAGGGUCAAAGUGUACCAAAAAGAUUGGCCCGGAAGAUCAGAUAUGAACGUCGAAAGGCAACCAAGUUCGUUACGAGUAUCGGCCAACGCAGCGGCCUAUGUUAGGAUCCACCGUCCAACCCCCAUAAACCAUGCCAUUGCGGCCGACCAAUCAAGUGAAAAGUCUGUCCGUCCGCCUACCCCGAUGUCUCGACCUUCAACAAGCUUGCUGCGGGAGUCGUCCACUAGCAUUGCUUCAUGUACUACUUCAUAUACUUCCCCGUAUUGUAUCAGUGACGACAUCCCAUUCACAACCCUUACGGGUCAAUCACCAGAGUAUUCCUGUUAUCAAGGCCUCUUUGAUCAUCCCUUCACCAUGCCAUCACUACCUCCUAUCGUCGACAGCCCCUUUCCGAAUAGAUCAACUCCUGUCUCGCCUCCCAUUUCCUUGGACACUGACUCUGGCUUUGUGAGUGGAGAGUCAGAAGAACUCUUAAACAAGUGGACCGCCACCCCCCUGGGUGGCUGCAGAAGGGCCGAGUCUCGGAAUAUCACCCAAGACAAACGCUCUACUUGGACUGCAGUGCUGGCGAGUUCCCCAGCUAGUGCGAUUAGUGCGGCCCAAGGAACCUCCAAUGAUCCGCUUCCAGCCAGUAACACUCCAAAUGAGCAGACUUCAAAGGGGGCGCAAACACCGCUGCCUCGUCCUGCCACAUCGGCAGGGUCAAGACCUUCUUCAAGCGCCGGUGCAUGCUUGGCGCCAAAACCUCCGGGGCCAGCUAUUUCGCAAAGCGAUGUCCCAAAAUUGAUGACCGCAAACCCUGCCAGUGACCCAACCGUGCCUUACCAUCCCGUGAUUGUCAACUUUUUGCCGUGUACAACUGGUAUUACCAAACGGCCAAAGCAGGUGCAGACGAGCUUGGACCAAGCCAUUCGAGAAGGGCAAGUCCCGCCGUAUUGCGAAAAUUGUGGUUCAAUCGAAACACCCACCUGGCGCCGAGCGUCGUCGAAAACGAUUGAGGGCAGCGAGAAGAUUGCAGAAGAGAUGAUGCGGAAUACCAGCAUGCUUUUCUGGUUGGCUUUGGAACGCAACACAGAAGGUGAAGUGCGAAAAUUCAUUAUAUAUAAGAAGGGUCUUGGGGAGACCGUUAAUGGGUGGAUCCAAAUGCUUUUCUGCAAUCCUUGUGGUCUGUGGCUCUAUAAGGCCAAGAGCAUGCGCCCAGUAAAUAGAUGGAACAAGCCAGUAUUAGAGGAAAAGAGAAUACGCCCCUUGAGGAACCGCAAGAAUGGCCCGCUCAAUCCCUGCCCUGCUACCUGA